AUGUGUGGAAUGAAAAUCAUUACCGUGGGAACUAAAUCCAAAGGUAAUAUCAAUAUUGAAAAGGUAUGCAAGGCUGCUGAAGCAAACAAGGAGUAUCUAUCUGCUCUUAUGGUUACCUAUCCUUCUACUCAUGGAGUUUAUGAGGAGGGUAUUGAUGACAUUUGCAAGAUUAUUCAUGACAAUGGAGGUCAAGUUUACAUGGAUGGAGCUAACAUGUAUGCACAGGUUGGAUUAACAAGUCCAAGGUGGAUUGGGGUUGAUGUUUGUCAUCUAAACAUUCACAAGACAUUCUGCAUUCGACAUGGUGGUGGUGGGCCUGGAAUGGGCCCCAUUGGUGUGAAGAAACACUUGGCAGCCUACUUGCCUUCACACCCUGUGGUUGCAACUGGAGGCAUACCAGCCCCUGAGCAAAGUAAGCCACUUGGCACGAUUUCAGCAACACCUUGGGGUUCAACACUUAUCUUGCCUAUAUCAUAUACAUACAUUGCCAUGAUGGGAUCUCAUGGACUUACAAAUUCAUCCAAUAUAGCUAUCUUGAAUGCAAACUAUAUGGCAAAACGUCUUGAGAGUCACUAUCCCAUUCUUUUCCGUGGUCUGAAUGGAACAGUUGCCCAUGAGUUUUUGAGACCCUUGAAAGCUGAGUUGGACAAGUUUUGUGUUGCUUUGAUCUCCAUUAGACAAGAAAUCGCAGAAAUUGUGAAAGGAACAGUGGACAUCAACAACAAUGUCAUCAAGGGAGCACCUCAUCCACUACAACUACUCAUGGCUGAUAAGUGGACAAAAUCAUACUCUAGAGAAUAUGCAGCUUACCCUGCACCAUGGCUUCGUGCUGCUAAGUUCUGGCCUACUACAUGGAUAUCUGAAGUUCUUGUGAUUGAUGAUAAAUAUGCUAGUCCAGUUCACAUAGCUGCAUAUCUACUUUCUCAGGUUGCUUUAUCAAAUAGUCGAUGUUAUAUUAAGUUGUAUGAUUCUCCUUCAAAGUCAUCUAUCGAAAAAGACGAUGAUUUGGAAAAACUACCGGCUUCUCAGAAAAAGAAAUUAAGGCAAAAACAGAGGAAGGAUGAAGCACGAGCUAAGAAAGAGGUAGAAGUGAAAAGUGAGGAAGUAGUGGGUGGUGUUUCUAAGUCUGGGAUACGAAAUGUGAAGCCAGUUGAUCAAGAUCAACAUGGAGAGAAGCUAUUGCAGACUGAAGAUCCAUUAAUGGAAGCUGGAAAGUAUCUAAAGCUGCUUCAAAAACAUUCAUUUGAUUCCUUGGAGACACAUUUGCUUUCUUUUGAAGUAAAUAUGCAAAAACAAAAGAUCGUGCUUGCAUUACAGGCCCUGAAGGAACUUCAACGACUGGAAGCUGGAAACCCGGACUCUCACCGAUGCUUGAUAAGAUUCUUCCAUAAAAUGGCAUUAAGGCCAGCUCCUGUCACUGAUGGUGAAAAACUGAUUUUCAGUGUCCUUGAAGCAGAGCGACCUACUUUUAGGUUGUUAAAUGGAUUUUUAAUUACCUUUUAG